AUGGCAGUUGGCAGCAGACAAGUUUUGUUGGGGGUGUUGUCCAGAAAAUUCAGUGUCAUCACAAAACCAAUAAAACCAACAAAAUCUGGGAACUCUUUGUCUGUGCACAGAUGUAUAUCAUCCUCGUCUUUUGUGAAUAAUUACGCCAAGACAUUCGCGGAUGCAUUGGAGAAACCAGAAGAGUUUUGGUCAGCGGCCGCAGACAAGGUUCAUUGGUUCAAGAAAUGGAACAAAGUCUUGGACCAGAGCAGAUGGCCUUUCACACAGUGGUUUGUUGGAGGGGAGCUGAACACUUGCUACAAUGCUGUCGAUCGCCACGUAUCAGCUGGAAGGGGAGAAGAUCUGGCAAUUAUUCACGACAGUCCGGUCACAAGCAGUAUCAGACGUAUUACAUAUAAUGAAUUGUUAAAACUGGUGGAGGACUUUGCUGGUGCCCUUGUGGCUCAGGGUGUGAGGGCAGGAGAUCGAGUGGUCAUUUACAUGCCCAUGAUCCCUGAGGCUAUGGUUGCUAUGCUUUCCUGUGCUAGGAUUGGUGCCGUCCAUUCACUGGUGUUCGGAGGCUUUGCAGCAAAGGAGUUGUCAGUUAGAGUGGCUCAUACGGAGCCAACUGUUAUUGUGAGUGCAAACUGUGGGGUGGAGCCUACAAGAGUUGUAGAGUACAAACCCCUUCUGGAUGAAGCCCUACAGUUGAUUGACUUCAAACCCAGGAGAUGCAUCAUAUUCAACAGACCACAAUUCGCACCUGCCACCCUAAAGAAGGGGAGAGAUGUGGAGUGGAACGAUGCAGUCUCUCAGGGCAAGCCAGCAGAGUGUGUGCCGGUCCCUGCCACAGAUCCGCUGUAUUUACUGUAUACGUCAGGGACUACAGGUUUACCAAAGGCUGUGGUACGACCAAGUGGAGGACAUGCUGUGGCCUUGAUGUGGACCAUGGGGAAUGUGUACGGCAUGAAGCCUGGCGAUGUGUGGUGGGCAGCCUCAGAUCUGGGUUGGGUGGUUGGACACUCAUACAUCACCUAUGCCCCCUUGUUAAGUGGAGUUACAUCUGUGAUAUAUGAGGGAAAACCUGUUGGCACCCCAGACCCAGGAGCUUUCUUUCGAGUUCUUCGGGAGCACCAAGUCAAAGCCUUGUUUGUGGCACCCACAGCACUCAGGGCCAUUCGUGCAGAAGAUCCGCAUGGAGAUUUUAUAAAGCCUCACUUACCACUAGAUAAAUUUGAGACAUUGUUUGUCGCUGGAGAGCACUGUGACCCAGAGACAGCACUGUGGAUACAGGAUCUGAUACAGAAACCAGUGCUGGACCACUGGUGGCAGACUGAGACUGGUUGGGCAAUAACUGCUACCUGUAGAAGUUUGGGCAUGGAUUUGUACCCGUCUCCUGGCACAACAGGCAAACCUGUGCCUGGAUGGAAUGUUCAAGUGUUGAAACCUGAUGGACAACAGACCAAAGCUGGAGAGCUGGGACAGAUCUUUGUCAAACAACCUCUACCGCCAGGAUUCAUGUCUACACUGUACAAGGCUGACCAGAGGUUUCACGAGACCUACUUCAGCACAAUGCCAGGCUACUAUGAUACUAUGGACUGUGGGAUUCGAGAUGACAAGGGCUAUAUUUCUGUACUGUCUCGCAGUGACGAUGUCAUCAAUGUGGCAGGUCAUAGAUUGUCAUGUGGCACAAUCGAAGAGGCAGUUUUAGAUUGCUCUGAGGUAGUUGAGGCUGCAGUUAUUGGAGUACCAGACAAGCUCAAGGGCAGUGUACCGCUGGGAUUGUGUGUGGUCAGACAUGGUUAG